UUCUCUGCCCUCUUUUCCUUCGUCUUUUUCCUUCUUCCCCAUGCCUCUGCUUCACCUCCCCUGCUCUCAACUCCGUCCUCCCCUCUCAUCCCCUUCUUCUCCUCUCCUUCCCCUCUUCCGCCCAAUCUGUUCUUAUUCUCCUCGCCCCAAAUGGAACCCCCAAAACGUUCCCGUGAGGGACCGAGUCAUAGACUUCGGCAAGCACAAGGGACGAAUGCUUGGCUCCCUCCCCUCCAACUACCUCCUCUGGGUCUCGAAGAACCUCCGCGCCCGCGACUUCGAGCACUGGGCCCGUCUCGCCGACGAGGUCCUCCACGACCACGUCUACCGCGAUCGCAUCGAGUGGGAGUCGGCGGAGCGCAUCCUCAACGGCGACGGCCGCCGGGCCUCCUCCGAGUCCCCUGUCUCGGACCUCCUCGAAAUCAGCGAAAGGUUCGGGUGGGACAACGAGGAUAAGGCCGGCUGGGCCCGCGUCGAUUUCCAGCUCCUGGGGACCUCUAUGGGCGGAAGGAUCCCCCGGGUCAAUCAGGGCGGGCAGGGCAAGCCGGAAGGUGUUCGGAGAUCGAAGGAAGAGGGGAAAGGUGGGAUUUUUAGCAGAGAUUUGAAGGAAAAAGCGAGGGAACAGAAGAAAUACGGAAUCUUUAGUAGCGAUCCGAGGGCUUCGAGGAGUGGCAAGAUGGGUCCUUUGGAAAAGCAAAUGAGGGGUUCGGGUAAUUUUAGAUCGGAAGGAGAGAAUGGUUCUUCGGGGAGGGAUCGGAGAUCGAUGGAAGUGAGAAAAGAUGUAAUUUUUGGUGGACAUUUGGGGGUAAAGAGCGUGGAGAUUGGAAGCAAGGAGGAGGGCGGAGCUGGAAUGCGUGAUGGGAGCAUAUGCAAUGCAAGAAAGGUGGGAUUUUUGAGCAAGGGCCAUAGGUUUAUAGUGGGAGAGGAGGAGAGAGAGGGGGACGAGGAGUUGAUGGUGAGAGGUAGGAGAAAAGAGAGGAGGGUGAGAAGAAGGAUGAAGAGGGAACAGCAGUUGGGGGAUUUGAGGCAGGAAGUGGGAGUGGAGGAAGGGAGUGGAAGAAGUGAAGGGGUUUCUGCGAAGAAGAUCGAGGCUGCGGGGAGAGGGGUGUCGGCGAAUCCAUUUCCCGGGCGCGGAUCCCUUCUGGACAAGAUCAACAAACAGAGAGAUUGAUCCCGUUUUCGCAUUGGAUCGAGGCGUGCAUUUGAUUGCCUCGCUAACCGAUUAGCCCGGUUAUAUUUGCUUCUCAUGUUGUAUGCGCGCAGGGGAAGAGAGGGAGAGCUUUUGAGCCUUUCUUCUUCUUCUUCUUUGGUACAAUUUGAUAGGCCAGCAUUGACAUAUGCAAGUAUUUCCGCCAUGCUUAGAUUUUAAUAAUGUUUGAUUCAAAAAAAAAUCAUACAAAUUCCAA